CAUUGAUACGCUGGGAUCCCGUUUCAUCUUGGCCCCCUCCCAUCUCCAUAACCACUAAUCAGCAAUCCCUCGUGCUACUAUAUUCAUCUUCUCACGCACAAAAUCGAGUUGUUCACAAAUUUCGAGACCAUGCGUACGAAAUUGCAGCUUGAUCGGCUACCAGCAGAGAAGAAAAUGUUGCUCGCCGUCCUGAUCGCAAAUUCAGAAGGCAAUGUUCUUGUCGAACGUUUUAACGGUGUUCCAGCAGAGGAACGUUUACAUUGGAGAUCUUUCUUAGUGAAACUGGGAGUGGAUAAUCUUAGAGGAGUCAAGAAUGAGGAGCUCCUAGUUGCUAAUCACAAGUCUGUGUAUAUUGUAUACACAGUGCUUGGUGAUGUCAGUAUAUUCGCUGUUGGCAAGGAUGAAUACGACGAACUUGCCUUGUCAGAAGCUAUCUUUGUUAUAACGUCAGCCCUGAAGGACGUAUGUGGAAAGCCUCCAACUGAACGCCUUUUCCUUGACAAAUAUGGUAAAAUAUGCUUGUGCCUGGAUGAGAUUGUCUGGAAGGGUCUGUUGGAGAACACGGACAAAGACAGAAUGAAGCGACUUAUACGGUUGAAACCACCAACUGACUUCUAAUCGCCAAACGACCUGCAUUCUUUUCCCCGGUGUACAAAGGAGAACGACCUUUCUUCUUGCUACAAUUCCUGCGUGGAAAAUGCACCAUCAUUGGUUUGUCUCGUAAUACUCUCUACAGAUUGUUUAUUUGGCUGUAUUCGUGUGGUUGUAGCUGUUGUUGCAUAAUAGGAGUAGUUUCUUCUUCUAUUAUUACUUUACUCUAGCUAUACCUCUGAUUUUGUUGAAGCUUGCAAGUUUCUACAAAGAAUUUAUGGCAUUUCAAGUGUUUGGGCUUGCUUUUGAUUGCCUUGACAUUGUUACAUUUAUCUUUUGGCAGCUGUGUA